CUGUAGUGCAGAUAACGCAGGUCAAUUCAAACCUGGGAGGUUCCUAAAUGCACCAGCUGAACUCUGAGACACGACUGACAAAAUGACAAUAUUAUAGAUAUCGUUCUGAGUUUUCUUACAGUCUUCUUACAAUCUUAUAGUCAAUGGAGAAACCAGGUAAGAUGUUUAACUGGGUCGAGGAGUGGAACAUCUCUUUUGCAGGCUGUGGAUUCAGGAGCAUUUACUACGUAGGAGCUUUGAGCUGUAUCCUGGAGCGGGCUCCACAGCUGGUUCAUGGUGCUUCUAAAAUUUGUGGAUCUUCCUCUGGGUGUCUCGUGGCUGCAGCUCUCACUGUUGGCAUUCCCAUUGAACAGUUGUGUGCUGAUAUUUUAACCACAGCGAAGGAGGCAAGAAAACACACCUUUGGAGUUUUCCACCCGACCUUCAGCCUGCUCCGGACAGUCAGGGACUCCCUGCUGGAAAAGCUUCCAGAAGAUGCCCACCUCCGGGCUUCUGGAAGGCUCUGCGUGUCUCUCACCCGAAUAGUUGAUGGGAAAAAUGUUUUGGUGUCCGAGUUUGCCAGCAGAGAGGAGCUCAUUCAGGUUCUCAUGUGCAGCUGUUUUUUCCCUGUUUACUGUGGUUUCAUUCCACCUUCAUACCAUGGCAUGCGCUACGUGGAUGGAGCACUGAGCAACAUGAUGCCGUUGUCCGAGCAGAGAAACACCAUCACCAUGGCGCCAUUCUCAGGAGAGAGUGACAUUUGCCCCAGAGAAGGGUCAUACAAUUUCUUUGAAGUCCACUAUGGAAACGUCAGCAUUCAGGCCAACACAGGAAAUGUAUAUCGAGUCUGUACAUCCUUCCUCCCCCCCAGACUUGAGAAGCUGGCUGAGAUAUGCCACAACGGCUACAUGGAUGCUCUUUGUUUCCUGAGAGAGAAAGAUCUGCUUACAGCACAAAAUAUUCACAGCAGUGUAGUGGUAGGAGCCAAAUCUCCUUGCUGUGAGCAGACGAGGGAAGUGGGUCGUGCAGAAGAGAGGAUGAUGAAGUGUCACAAGGAAAACCAUCUGGACCACAGAGUCAUUGAGAACCUCCCAGUGGCUAUCAAGAAAGUGCUAUGUGAGGCAUGCAGGGAUAGUCAUGACAGUAGCAGCUGGAGGCCGCAUUACAGGGACUUCCUCACAAUGAAUUUGUUUACCCAUCUACUUACCUUCCUCAUCUUACCUGUUGAGCUGACCAUCUUUUUUACCAAAAGCAUGGUGUCAUUCAGCUGUACAGCACUUUGCAGAUUGUUACUGUGGUCUGCAGAUUUCUACAGGCAGAAAUGGAGUAUUAGCAAUGAUAGCAUCAACAGCGCAUCUCAAGAGAAUAACUGCAUCUGCAGGUCAUCUGGUUCAGACAGCAGGAAUCAGAGAGGACGAGACAUAAAUACACAAACUCUGAAAUCAAAGAUGACCUCAAAUUCUAAAAUUAAUCUCUGCUGGGACACCAAUGGCAACAUGGACCUUAUGCCCCCAGUCUCAACUAGAACUGCAUCUGGCCAGGUGAUGUUAAACACACCAGGGAAGGGACGUGUAAUCAACCAUAAAGAAAGUGGAAAAAAGAUUGAUUAAAGGAA